GGUUAGAGACCCAGCUAUUCAAAUCCAAGAAAGACGGAUAUUUUUUUUAUCCCUUUCCAAGGAAAAAGGAAGGAGGGUCUAUUUCUUUCUUAAAGGAAAAAUGCAUAGACAAAAGUUUGAGUGGCAAUAUUUCAUCUUUAGAUUGCUGAUACUUUUGAUAUAUGUUUUAAAUGUUAUAAUUUGUGAAACUGGAGAGUGUAGAGAGCAGGAGUACAGAGAUCAUGGUGGAAACUGUAUAUUGUGUGAACAGUGUGGCCCUGGAAUGGAAUUAUCUAAGGAAUGCGGUUUUGGAUAUGGAGAGGAUGCCCAGUGCAUGACAUGCAGGCCAAACCGAUUCAAAGAGGACUGGGGCUUUCAAAAAUGCAAACAAUGUUUGGACUGUGCUUCAGUAAAUCGAUUUCAGAAAAGCAAUUGUUCUGCCAUUAGCAAUGCUGUUUGUGGAGACUGCUUGCCUGGAUUUUAUAGAAAGACAAAGCUUGGGGGUUUUCAAGAUAUGGAAUGUAUUCCUUGUGGUGAUCCACCUCCUCCUUAUGAACCACAUUGAAUUCAAAUUCUGUUGGAGAAAUGAUUCCAGCAUUUCUUGGUUCUCUUUCACAUUCCACUUGUGGAGAUCUUUCAGAUGCUUGGCCUCUCAUCCAAAAACCAGAAUGUUGUGAUAGUAUUUCUUUCUCUGAAUCAUACUCUGAACUAGUGGGAGAAGAUGAAAACCUUUUCAGCCCCUUAGAGAUAGAAAGUGACGCUAUGGAUUCAGAUAACAAACAGGAUUUAAAUAUAGUCACAUCUACAAACCCUCAUUUCGGAAGCUUGACAGAAUCACAUGAACUUUCCAGUAUCACUGCUCCCUUAAAUCAGGUUUUGGCUGUUGAACCAUUCUCAGCAACAGAUUAUGACAGAAGAAUCCGCAUGACCUUUCCUGGCAGCCCUUAUAUUGAGUGCCUCUUCUCUAAUGUUUGUGAAUGGAAUGCUGCCUGGGUCUCAGUGGUUAACACCCAGUGUCAAUAUCUUCUCUGUUCUAAAGGGUCUGUACAAUCACAGGAUGUUCACUAUGAAGGGUCAGAACUUGCAUGUUUUGAUAGAUCACAACUUAAUAUAUAUGAACAUAGAACAUGCUGCCGGGGCCAGCAGGAUUCAUUACAGAUGUGUGGUCCAGUGCAUUUGAUUCCAUCGUUGUGCUGUGACGAGUCCUGUAGCUUUGAACGUAGUUGUCAUAGCUGUCCUUUUCACUCUCAGACUACACUUCAUGAAAGGUACUUCAGGUUUUUAACUUCUGCCUUUUGCUAACUCUUCUACUGAAUAUUUGUUUGGCCUUAUUACAUGAUAGAUUGGACUAUAUAUCCUGUAGAGUUUUCAAUCAAUGGAACAGACAUUUCUGACAGAUUCAAUCACUAAUUUGAAAGGGAAAGGGGAAUGUACAAUAUGCAGGAAAAAUCCAAUUCAGGUAAAUUAACUAUAUUCUAACUAUAUUCUACUCUGUAAUGUUGCUUUUUAAAGUUCUGUUGCACUUUUGUUAGUACUGAAAAGCAUAAUUUUGUUGUGUCCAUUUCUUACAUUUUGAACUU